AUGAAUGACUUCUUAGAGGACUUGGAUAAUCUUAUAGAAACAAUAGAUCCAACACCUUCCAAAAGUUUCAGAGAAAAAGAGAAGAGGAAAAAAGACUUCAGAGAAUACUUACACCGGUCAGGUGUGUACCAAAGCCUUUCCAAAGCGCUCAAGGUGCUUUGCGAGCAACCAACAAAACCCAAAAAUCCCAUCGAUUUUAUUUGCUCUAAUAUCGGCCAACCCAGAGCCUCUGAAGCCGAAUUCAAGAAGAUGUCCGAUGAACUCCAAGCCAAGUAUAAAAUAAUAAAAAAGCUCGAAGAAGAGCUUGCUAGCUACGGCAACCCUCAGCCGAUCUGUGACGAGGCAAGAGAAGAUAGAGCUUCGGAAAGAUCUCAACAAUAG